CUCCUUCCUUUCUCUCCUCUUCUUCAUUCUCUAUAGUUAAAAUGUUUAAAAAUAAAUGACUACAUUGCUAUAUAAAUAAAAAUAAAUUUAAAAAUGUACCUUUGUAUGUAUGGCCCCCGGAAUCCGGGGGGCCAAUAAGCCCAACCUAAGAUUUCCAUGACCAUAGUUUCGAUCAUCAGCUCGAGCAAUUAAAAGGUUUUGUUGGAACAAACAAAGUUAUUGGGAUCAACAAUCCUGGUUGGAACCUACCAGUUGAGUCGACUACCAAAUCUAGAUCCCAAGUUCAACAUGACAUGAGAUCAUGUAAAGUUAUCUCGUACUCAGAGGACAGAGAUCUGGUGGUGAUAGUACGAGAUGCCAUGGUGCCUCCUAUCAGUGUCCAAAAGGCAGUAGCCAAAAAAUCAGCUCCAAAAUCAUCUGCAACUCAGAAACAUGGCACUGGCCAUAAAUCUACCUCUCCACCACGUAACUUGUCAGUUGAAAAGUCAUCAACAGUUAUUAGGAAGACCAUGGACAUCUUAUACGAAGACAUGGAGAGGUUAGAUUUCCAGUUGAUCACUGGGGGAAAUGAAGACAAGUCCAAUGAAUCUGCUGACAGCAGCCUUCAUCAUGAAGAUGAUCAGCAAGGAAUUUUUUCUUCAGAAUCAGAGGACGAAGACGAAGAUGUGAUUCCUCCUACUCCGCCUCCAGCGAAGAGAAAACGUAGAAAUCAGUCUCUCAAAUCAUUGAGCAGCACCAAAUCUAAGGGUUUUUUUAUGGUAAAACACGUAAUAGUACCUUACAGUCAAUAUUGAUUUUUAUUUUAUAGAGAUUGUAAAUUUUUAUUUUAAAUGUAAAAAUGUAUGUGUGUUGUAUUUUAAUCGAUGUCUUAGGCUUACUUGUAACAUGGAAAAGAAUGAUUAAACCAAUGGUUUAAUUUAAU